CUAUCAUGAUAGCUAGUAUGGUUGUGUGACCCAGAAUUUUUGGGGAAAUGGCUUCCAUUCCCAUAGCCAUGUCUGAGGUGUCCAUAUCGUCCGCGUCCUCGUCGGCUGAUUCCGAACUAUCAACCCGUGAGGACAUCAGUGCACUCACCGAUUGUGUCAAACAAUUGAGAGAAUCAUUAGCUAAAAUCAAACGCGUUUUCAAUGUAAACCAAGAAAGAGACAAAAAAGAGACACUUCGUGUUGCGGCUCACGAAAGACUGGGCGAAGUUUUGAAAGCCAUGAGACAAAUACUGGAAAAGUAUCCAAAACUCCAGUCGACUGACCUAUUGAUGAGCGCCGGGAAUCUCAUACAUCACGUGAAAAACUUCAAUUACGACGACAGGUCGGCGGACAACAAACCGUUUAUUGAGGCCGUCGACCAAUUGGCACUGGCAUUCAGUACAAGAGUUUCCGAAUACCUGAUGGGAGACAUUGAUGUGUCGACAAUACCGUCAUUCAAGUCGACCGAAAACCUAGUAACAGACUCGUCGUCGCCAUCAGCGGUCCUGUCGGCCAAUGAUAUUGACGACCGAUUUUUGGCGCUUCCCGAAGGUAUUGAUCUGGCCUUACAUCGGGCAAAGGUCUGGUCAAAGUAUACAAAAGAUGUUAUUUCGUAUAUUGAAAAACGCACGAACAUUGAGGCCGAUCACGCGCGCAAUCUAAUCAAACACGCCCACCAAAUGAAAUCUAUCAUCAAAGAGGAGUCAUUUCUUCCUUUUCAAUCGAUAUACUUGACGGCCAUCGAUCAAGACGUCGAAAACGGCAACUCAUCGCUGGCCACGUGUUCUCUAUUAUUGGGCCAUAAGUUUGUUGAGCCGAUGAACACGCGUCGCGUUGAACACGAAAAGACACGCAAACAGAUCAAAGAGUUGUGGACGCGUGAGCUCAAGCGUAUGCACGAAGCGGUCAACACGUUGCGCAAAGCACGCGCACUGUAUGUCACCCGACAACAGGAGCUCGAAAAGGCUAAGACUGGACUCAGGACUAGCAGUGAAUCCGGCACCGAGUGGUCGGUAGAGAAAAUGGACAAAAAGCGUCGGGCAGAAGAGGACGCAUCGGUUCGGGCGCGAGAGGCCGAGUUGGCUUAUAAGACCAGUGUCCAGGAGGCCAACUAUAGGGCCGCACAGUUGCAAAAAGUUAAAAAAGAUUUAUUGGUCAGAGUCAGAGAGCUGUUAUCGGUAUGCGAGGGCACUAUGAAGACGGCCACCAGUGCCUACUUUCAGUUAUGUCAUGUAGUGUCCGCACCAUUACCUGUUCAAUUGCAAAAUCUGGUCGACUCUGUACGCAAUUAUGACAUGGGAUCGGCUCAUAUGGAUUUUGUCAAACGAUUGCCCGAACCGCAGGCCAAUCAAACCGCUUUCACGUUUCAGCCACACGUGACCACUGAUCACGAUUCCAGUGAAUCUGAUUCAAACUCGUCCUCACCGGCCAAUAGUCCGCCCACUCGCGGCCCGUCCGUUGGCGGCGGUAUGUUCUCAUCGGGCGAUGAAUUGGAGACCGACCACGACUUUAACACAGACAGUGGUUACUUCCCGUCCAAUAAUCGUCCAAAAUCAUCGACCGGUGCUUUACUGUCAUCGGCCCUAAUGAGCAAAGCUGCCGAAACCCAUAAGUUCCGCAAACUCAAGACACCGUCCCGUUGUCGUGAGUGCGACUCAUAUGUCUACUUUCAAGGUCUGGAGUGUCUAGAGUGCGGUCUCGGUAGUCAUAAAAAAUGUUUGGAAACAUUGACCAUACAGUGCGGUCACGUAAAACUGCCCCGUCGUAUGACAACAUUUGGUGUAGCACUCAGUGCACAGUCCGAUAAUAGCGAAGUACCGCUUAUUGUUAAGAAAUGUAUUGAAGAGAUUGAUGAGAGAGGAUCAACCAUUAAAGGCAUAUAUCGUGUGUCGGGAGUCAAGUCACGGGUGGAAAAACUGUGCCAGAGUUUCGAGUCGGGCCAGAAUCUGGUUGACCUGUCCUCUACACCACCCAAUGUCAUCGCCAAUGUUCUCAAACUAUACUUAAGACAGCUCCCGGAGCCACUGAUGACCUACCGUUUGUAUCCCGAGUUCAUACACAUUGCAAAAUCUUUUCCGUCGUCGGAAACGCACGAGACCUCCGACGAAGAGGAACAGGAGAUCGUGGCUGAACUCAAACAAGCGGUCAGUCGACUGUCAAAAGUCUAUUUCAAUACACUCUCCUAUUUGAUGAACCACUUGAAACGGGUCUCUGAGCUGAGUCACGAAAACAAUAUGCCCUCAAGUAAUUUGGGUAUUGUUUUUGGGCCAACACUACUCAGAACUAGCGAUGGCGACGCUUCCCUAUCAUCACUGGUAGACACUGUCCAUCAAAGUCGACUGAUUGAGCUAUUGAUAACCUAUGCCACAGAAGUGUUCGGUUCUGGUGAUGAACAACAGGAUAUGGAUUUACUUAUCGAAAAUUCGCCGAAACAAUCAAAAGUAUUCAAAUCGGCCACUUGUGUGACCAUUUCGGGUCAAAAAGUGGUGACCAGUAAUAAUAAUAAUAACAAUAACAAUAAUACACUUAAUAAUAAUAACAAUGUGAAUAGCAAACAAAAUUUAACAGAAGCCAGGCGUCAGUUUUUCACAUCACCGGCUUCUCCGCCACAAUACCGAACCCAAACAACAUUAGGAUCGACUAACGGCUCUACUGUUACUACAAAUUCAUCGACAAUAUCGCCGUUUUCGCAGUCAAUCGCUUCAUCGCCGACACCGCAUCCAAAACUAAGAAGAACCUCAUCAUCGCAACAGUCAUCGUCGGUCAGCGUUGGCGGCGGGACUAUAGGUCCCGCAACUGCCGUACCCAAUGAGUUGGCCAGAUCGGCAUCGCACGCAUUCACCACUCAUACAUUUACUGCGCGCAAUGCUCACCCGUCCAGACAAUAUAAAUAUGUCUGA